CUCUUCUCAGUACAGAUGAAUCCUAUGGGAAGUAGGAAUAACACAAAUGUGCCUGACUUCAUCCUUAUGGGAUUGACAGACUCUGAAGAGAUGCGGCAGGUCCUCUUUAUGCUAUUUCUCCUGAUAUACCUGAUAACCAUGCUGGGGAAUGCAGGGAUGAUACUGAUAAUUCGCCUGGAUCUCCAGCUUCACACCCCCAUGUAUUUAUUCCUCAGUCAGCUCUCAUUCAUUGAUCUCUGUUACUCAACGGUCAUCACACCUAAAACCUUAGAGAACUUGCUGACUUCCAAGAAAAUUAUUUCAUUCAUGGCCUGCUUCACCCAGAUGUCCUUUUUUAUCUUCUUGGGUGCCACUGAGUGUUUCCUUCUGUCUUCAAUGGCCUAUGACCGCUAUGUAGCUAUCUGCAACCCUCUUCAUUACCCAGUUGUUAUGUCCACAAGACUCUGCUCUGCCCUCAUCACUGGGUCCUAUGUGAUUGGCUGUACAGAGUCCUUGGUCAAUAUUCUUUACAUGAGCAGUUUGCAAUUCUGUAAAUCCCAUGUAAUUCACCACUUUUACUGUGACACAACCCCAAUUUUACCCCUUUCCUGCACUGACACUCAUGAUACUGAAAUCAUGAUAUUCAUUGUGGCUGGCUCCACUUUAAUUGUAUCUCUUACCACAAUCUGUGUGUCCUACAUGUCCAUUCUUUCUGCUAUCUUGAAAAUUAAUUCUGCUUCAGGAAAGCACAAAGCCUUCUCUAACUGUGCCUCCCACCUCCUGGUAGUCACUAUCUUUUAUGGCACUAUGAUUUUUACCCAUUUAAAGCCAAAGAAUUCUAACUCCUUGGGAAAGGAUCAAGUGGCCUCUGUGUUUUAUACUAUAGUGAUCCCCAUGCUGAAUCCACUCAUUUAUAGUCUUAGGAACAAAGAGGUGAAAAAUGCUCUCAUUAGAAUCAUGCAGAAGAGAGAAGGCUCCAGGCAUUUGAAAAGACAGCAACACUGA